UCUCUGAUUUUCUUUGUUUUCUUUCCUAGAUCAUGGGAAUUUUUUAGUAAAAGGUGCAAAUAUGAAGUAGCUUGAUAUACCCUUUCUCAUGUAUAAUUUCCCUCAUCUAGUUUGGAUGGAUGGUCUCUUUGGAAAUGCUUGAUACCUAACAUUGUUAGUUUGUUACUAUUGUGGCAUUUUAUUUACUAUAUACUUGUGUAAAUGUUUCAAGGAUGGACUAGGGGAAAACAGAACGCAGUUGAAUUGUCUAUCUGUCUAUCCAUUUUAAACAUUUUAAACCAACCAUUGAUUGAUUAUCUUAUAGUGUUGUGAAUUUAGAGAUUAUCUAUGAAAGUUCAAGGGGUUUUGACCAUUAAGAGGAAAAAGGUUCAAGGAACCCUGAAGGUUCUGGGAACAGUAUUAGAACAGCUGAGUAAGGAGCUUCCACAUGAAGAAGCUGAAAGAUUAAUACCGCGAGAGCUGAAAAAUAUGAUAGAAUCUGAUGCAGCCAUGAUUGAGGAUCUGACUUAUAAUAUUAUUCCAUUUGAUGUCACUACGACAACAAAUCUUAUUGUUUCUUUCCCGGAGGUUCGUGCUGCCACUUCAGCUUUGAAGUACUUCAAUGGUCUGCCAAACUUGCCCAGAACGUUCUCCAUACCAACAAGGAGUGCAGAUAUAUUUGAUUUCUUGCAUUUUACAUUUGGAUUUCAGAAAGACAAUGUAUCUAACCAGCGUGAGCACAUUGUUCAUCUUCUCGCUAAUGAGCAAAGCAGGUUUCAAAUUCCCGAGGAACCUGAACCGGAAACUAGAAACAAUGAUAAUGGGCGGGCACCUCAUUCAGCUUGGAGAAAUUAUGAUGAUUUCAAUGAGUACUUCUCGUAAGGUCUUUUUUGAGGUCACUUAAUUGCUUUGAACUUAGUUGGCCAUGGAGAAUAACUUCACCCUUCUUUCUGAAGCCGACACCAAGAUCAAAGGUCU